UCGACCCUGAAGACUUGGCUCGACGACCUGAAGCAUGAGCAGCAGGAAUCAGGAGGAAUUGUACCAUUGGUAAUUCCAAACGUGAUUGAUGGCUUCGAUCAGGAUGCACAUGCAAUAUGGGGGGAUGUCUCUGUGAUGCUGCCAUGGUCUUUGUAUCGAGCCACCGGCGAUACACAGAUGCUAGCUCGGCAGUAUCCAAGUAUGAAGGCUUGGUUGAAUGCUAUCCCCCGUCGUGAAAAUCUGUUAUGGAACUAUACUGCCUCGAUCCUGCUGCUCCCUCUUGACGACUGUGGAAAAGCAACCACCAACCCGAGUUUUGUUUCGGAUGCAAUUCUCGCUCAUGUGACCACAUUAAUGAAAGGCAUCAGUGGAAUCCUAGAGGAGAACAAAGACGAGCAGGUAUACACAAGGAAUUCAGAGAGGGUUCGCUCCGCCUUUGCUCACGAAUACAUAGCCCCGGCAGGCCUUGUUGCCAAUUGCACUCAAACUGCCUUUGCACUUGCAACAGGGUUCAAUCUACUCCCUUCUGAAGAGCAAGAGCUACAUGCUGCUCAGUACUUAUCCAAAAUUAUCCAUGAAGUCUACCGAUACAAAAUUGGAACUGGCUUUGCAGGCACCCCAUAUAUCAACCACGCUUUGUCCAAAGUCGGGCUAUCAGAUAUCUUUUACCGCAUGCUGCUCUGCAGGAACAAUCCAAGUUGGUUAUAUCCCGUGUCCAUGGGUGCUACCACGGUGUGGGAGCGUUGGGACAGUAUGUUACCCGAUGGCUCAAUCAACCCUGGAGAAAUGACCAGUUUCAAUCACUACGCCUUGGGGGCAGUGGUAAGCUGGAUACAUAGCUUUAUACUUGGAUUCAGGAUCGAGGAAGCCGGCUGGAAAAGGGUCAAAAUUGAGCCUAUCCCGGGAGGCGUGUUGAAAUGGGCCGGUGGUGAAUAUCUGAGCGGGUAUGGAAUGUAUAGGGUAAGAUGGUUGGUGUUAGAGGGUUCCGAAAAGGAGCAUGAGAGACUCUGGGUGGAGGUUCAGGUUCCCCCCAACACUACGGCGGAUGUGAAGUUGCCGAACUCUGGAGAGUGGAAGCAUAUCGGGUCAGGGUUGCAUAGCUGGACAGUCCCAUACCAGUCAGCCCAGUGGCCACCAGACCCUUUGGCUUUACCAUUUGGGUGA